AUGACAACGACAGGGAAAACGAAGCCUUUGAAGGCUCCAACUGAUCGAAGCAAUGAUGGUGAUGAUGAUGGAGAGUUCACAGAACAGAAAGACAUCAAGGCCGAUUCGCCGACAGAUAGCCAUUUCCUCUCACAAGUAGAGCAAGACCAGAAAGGACUGGCUGAGAAGGCCGGUGUCACCCAAGAUGUAUCAGAUGUAGGAUGGGGUCUAUCGCGCGAUGACUUUGAAGAGAGAAUUGUGUCAGGUCUCUCUAACCAGGAUCUCUGGAUGCUGAUCCGGCGUUUUAACAAGCAAAUUUACUACGUCAAAGCUCUUCCGGAAACUCCGUUACAGAAUCUAGAUCUUAUCCGUUCUGAAGAUGAGCAGUUUUCUCCCGAUAAAUUGCGUGCGACCCUGGAACGCUUCUAUACGACAAUCGUCGUGGCGAUGGUCAGCUUUUUCAAGCACAUUGCUCGACUACGUUCCUGGAAAGAGACCCGUCGUACUUCGGCUUUCUGCGCGGUGUAUUUCGUCGCAUGGCUUCUGGAUGUUCUUGCGCCGACAUUCUUCUGCUUUCUCCUGGCAUUGGCUGUCUAUCCCCAAUGCCGAGUCAAGCUUUUCCCGCCUGCACCCAUUGCGCUAGUUGAUAUGAACACCGGCGGCGUGCAGAAGCCCGCGGCCAAUGUACUAGGCUCACACGAUAGUAUCACGGGUGCUCCCGAGAAGCUCAAAGGAGAAGCGGCCGAGCAAGAGGCUAGCAAUAUGAUCACCAGUGUGGCCAGUGUUGCUGUCGGUAGCAUUGCUGGGAAACACGACCAGGCCACACCCGAGGACGCUCCUUUAGAAGCUUCUGUACCUGACGCGACAGAUAUCAUUUCCGAUACAGCUGAUGCACAGGCCACUGCAAAUGGAGAGAUUCCGGCCGAAAGCCACGAUAAGACUAGGCAGCCUAUGAAAGAGACGGUUCUGAACGGAGCAAACGACCUGAUGAGAAUUCUCAGUGACUUAAUCGAUAACUAUGAGAAGCUUGGAAAUGCACUCUCACCAACGUCUCCUUUCCCCGUAUUCAGGCCAUAUGUGCGAAUCGCAAUCGUUUUGACCUCCGCCGUCUUAGUGUCUUCCGUCGUAUCCAGCUAUCUGCUGGUCAAGGGCGGCACUUUCGUCGUCGGGUUUGCCUUCUUCGGAGACCCGUUGCUCAGGCGUGCUAUUGCAUAUCUGGAUGGCAAAUAUCCCGGCUGGAAGAAGCUACUCCAUUCCCUUCUGAAAGGCGUUCCCACCAACGCCCAACUCGCCUUAACCCUUCUCCGCAUCGGCGAAGCAAACGCUGCACCCUUACCACCGCCCCCUGACAACUCGCAAAUCAAAGCCCCUUCACACCCCGCCUCCCUCCACGCCGAAGAUCUCAGUCUCGGAGUCUCUGGCGACGAAAUCCAUCAAGCCGCAUCACAAAGUGCCCAGCAGCUCCAACAAGAAGAGAAACCUCCAGACAAGCCUCAAAAGUCAUGGAUGUCCGGAGUCGUCGGCUUCUUCCGCGGAACCACUGCCACCGGAAUCCAAAGCAAGCUGGCCGUUGACCGCGUUCGCGCAGCCGUCGGCUCCGGACACGCAAAGACGCGCAUCGGCGUCCUGCACCGGAAAGGCGUGACCACAACGCCCUCAGGCCCCGUCGAGUUCGACGCCCGGUAUAAAGGCAAACGAGGCGCGCUUAUCAUUGACUCCUCGCAAGACCCUCCUGUCUUAUACUUCACCACGGACACGACAGCGCAACUGGACCCCCGGUUAAGCAGCAGAGGGAAAGGCGCCGUGUUGUUCACGAUCCCGGUGACUGAGAUUCAGGAGAUGCGGAAGAUCGGGGGGCUAGGAUGGAAGGGCAAGCUUGUUGCUGGGUGGGCGAUGGGGAGUAAGGAGGUGGUAGAUGGGUUGAUUAUCGUGGGCAAGGAGCCGCGGCAGACGUAUCGGCUUACUGCUAUUAAGAUGCGUAAUCAGUUGUUUAAUCGACUGGUUGCGAUUGAUGGACAGGUUUGGGAGAGCCUUUGA